AUGUUUGGCAGCAAUAGUCAGGAUACCUGCCUUGAUGACACGUAUUUUUCCUGUGUCUACAUUCCAUGGCGAUUGUUGACCAGAUAUUGCGAUUUAGCAACCUACGCACCGAUUGUGCACCACCGUGAGUUCGUUAUGCUCGCGACCCCUUUCGGCCGAUGUUUGGCAGCAAUAGUCAGGAUACCUGCCUUGAUGACAC